AAAUUCGAGCAACGUAGCAUUCGGUUCGGUAAUUUUCUCGCGUUUUUUCUCCGGCAAAAGUCGGUUCUGUGGCCGUUCCGGACGCGAUAAAAACAAUCUAUAUUAGGGAACUUGCUUAUUCCAUUAAGUGGCCACUGGAUUUUCGUGUCCGGAACGACUACGGAACCGUUUUUUGCUUUCGUUUUUGGGCCCGGGUUUGGUUCGCCGCGUGUGAAGUGUGUGUGUGCUUUCUAUAGCAACCUGGCCCGCGAGUGAAAAAGUGUGCUUGAUGUGUGUGUGGUGCGCGUGUUGAGUGUGUGUGGUGCGCGUGUUGUGUGUGUGUGGUGCGCGUGUUGUGUGUGUGUGUGGAUAAGGUGGUGUACGUCGAUUUUUUUUCGCUCCGCCAGUGAAAGUUGGAGUCUGGAAUCUGCUACCAGAUACCUGAGAAACCUUUUCUCAGGUAGUGUGGGGUUGGGAACUCCCGACCCACUAAACCAGUUCUUGAUCGCCGUGCCCUCCCCCCGGGACCACCUUCGGUAUAACUUCGGGGGGGAAAGUGUGUGUGGGUGUGUGUUUAAGUGAAUUUAAAAAGAAAACCAUAUUUUGGCCUACUAAUUGUUGGUUAACUUUUGAUUAGGUAUUCAACGUAUUCUAAACAGAGCAACAAGUGAAAAGCCAUGUAUCUAGACCCAAUGGAUUCUAAAAUAUUGGGAGUAUACUGCAGUGGAAAUUUUUCAUUUGACCAAGAAAGCAUACAACUUGAAGCUGAUGCGAUUAUGAAGGUUCAGCAUUUAAAUCUUGGUUCUUUAUUUGGAUUCAUUGUGAUACUACACUCGAGUAGCUGUUAAUGAGCUCGUACCAGCAUGAAUUUCUUAAAAAAAUCCAAAAUGGUGCUAAUUCACCAACGCCAUCAACAUCAAAACGCCCUACAAAAAACAACAAACCAAACACAAAGUCUUCUGAAACUUACCCCAUUAAUGUGCAGAAAAUACUACAUUUAAACGAAACAGGUUCUACCUCUUCGCAACACACAGUCGCGCCUAUUUCAUUGGAACAACACUCGGAAAAUGAAGCUACCAUAACUCCGAAAAAAACUAAAUUACACCAGCAAUCACAAACUUAUGAGAUGUCAGCAAAACUCCGUAAAAUUGAGGAAACCGGUGAUAGUAUUUCCCCGUCACUGUCUACGGAUACAGUUACGACUGCGAUGGGACAAAUUGCUAUUGAAAAUUCUGCUGCUUUGAGCCCUCCUGAAAUAUUUGGAAAAACCCCAGAAACCCAUUCCGAACCAACCUUCAUGCAGUUAAUCCUGCAAAAGCUUGAUAAUAUCGAACAAAGCGCAGUUCGCAAAGAACAGAUCGACCGAGAACUGCUCGAUGUGAGCAUUAAGACCAAAAAUAAGGUUAGCAGGCUUGAGAAGGACAUGGUUACGAUAAAAAAGGAGCUGGCGGAUAUCAAACGCAAUCGUGGCCAACGGAACGAAAACCUUCUCCCAAUAACAAGCGAAGAGUACCUCAAUCAGAUCGAGGAAAACUUUGCGGAAUACGAGGAGGACCUGCGUAAAUUGUUUGAAAGCAUCCCAUCGGUAUCUGCCUACGGACUGUACCGGCAUUUUUGCGACCCGUUGUUGGACCAUCUGCCCAAAUAUAAUAUGACGGGCAAGAAGGCCCCGAAUACGACGAAGCCAGAAAUUGAACCAAAAGGAGCUGAACAUUUGAACAUUUUUAAGCUCUUGUUGUCUGUCGGAAUCAACAGACACGGCUUGGACUUAGACGCGGGUCGUAAAGACAUGAUUAAAGCCUUCAAGACUUAUUAUGAUGCAGUUGAUAUGCGAUUGAAAAAAUUAAAUGCUAAGAAGUAACCCGUUAUUCUUGAAAUAAACUCGUUGUUACGUUCAAACAUAAAAUAAAAAUGUAACCUUCUAAGUAUAAGAAAACUACUCGUGUUUUUUUGCGUCAAUUUUUCAAAUGAUUAGUGUAAAUUGUUUUUCUCACUUUAGUCGAUUACGAGCAGUGGGGCCACGCGGUCGUUUGCGGGAAUAAUCUGAGUUUUAGCGUCUAUUUUUUAAGUGAAUAAUGUAAAUUGCUUUUCCCUCAUUAGUCAAUUACGAGCAGUUGGGCCACGCGGUCGAUUGCGGAAAAAACUUUAGAAUUGCUUUUUUGUAGUGAUUCUGAGGUCCUUUUUUUGUUCUCUUAAUAUAGUUUUUGAUAGAAAUUAGCCGAUUUUUGUAAAGACAAAAAAGUAAUAUCGCUUGAUUAAGUCCUCCUGCUUGAUUAAGUCCUCCUCCUUGCUGAUCGGAAGGCACGCCAGUGAAUAUUUUUUUUUGCAGAGUCGUGAUCGAAUCUAUCUAUCUAUCUAUCUAUAUAUAUAAAAAAUUUCGACGGUUUUGUUCGAACGCGAAUCAAUUCAACACGGAACGUCGGAUCGAGGUGCUCUUUGUUGCGUUGGGUUCGUAUAAGUCCAAGGAAGGUUCUUACGCCAAGAAGUUACAAUUUUGGCCACUCUGGAACCGAUUCCGGAAAAUCUGCAGAUUGUAUAGGAAAAGUUACGUAAAAUCAAAUUUUGAUCACAGGAGGCUGAAUAAGCAAACAAGCUAAAAACGUCAAGGAGCGAAAAAAUGACAAGACGAAGUUUGUCGGGUAAGGCUUGUAAAUUAUAAAUUUUAAUUUGUUAUAUCUAGAGGUCGGCUGCCAUUCCAGUAUCGUACUAGCAUUUUAAUCUCAAUUAUUUUACCACUGGUCGUAUCCGGCGCCGGUAUUCUUUUUUAUUUUCUUUUUAAAGGUGCGGGAGAUGUUGCUUUAACGCGUCGGUCCUAACACGUGGAGCAGAUCUACUGCAUACGUGAGUCACCCUUGUCGAUCUACGUCUACGAGAAACUUCAUCCGAAAGCCUGUCCAAUCGUCGGCUGCGGUCCGGCUCCGGUUCCGGUAUGAUCGGGAUGAUCGAGAAACUGCGUCCGAAUGCUCAAGUUUGUCUAGCGCUAAUCCACCAUCCCAACGCUGGACCAGGCGUUCAGGCGCUCAUGGUCGCCAACUUCAUUACCAACUCCAACGAGCCAAUUGACCUUCGCGCCAAGGAAGCAGCGACCCGAUUUAGAACGCUCAGCAGUGGGCGUUGAUAAUGUACUAGGAGAACCUGCGACGAGUGACAAAAACGAUACGAGGUUCUUGGAGUACCGGCCAGAUACAAGGAGUUGGCUUUGAUGCAAGCUGGAACGAUUCCGGAGAAGACGCAACUACCGCUGAUUGCGAAGAAAAGCCGCUGAACGAGUUCAACGACGACGUCACGGCGAAUCCGACGGCUGAGCUAGGACGCUUCGUUGUUGACGGUGGUUGGUCAAAAUCUCGAGUAGACAAGCCAUAUCUGGAGCAGAACGCUGGGGAGCUGAGGAUGACAGCGGUGGAGUCUCGGUCAGAAGAUGGUUGAGUUUUGCUGAUCAGCUGUUUGCGAGUAAAGGCCUCCAAAGGAAAUGGUGGAGAAAAUACUGCAACCAAUUGCUACGAUCUGUGCCAUUGGAGCUGAAGCCAAAGUUGGAGUCCGUUCUAUCUACAGGGACUCAUCUUUGCUACCGAUUCCUAUGUUGGUUCCAAUUGUAUCUACGUGAGUGGGCUACCCCACUCAGAUUAACGACCACCACCGCACAUGACAUCGGAGAACUCUUAAGACCUGCCACACGCAGCGAUCAACAGCGCCAGCGGUCAAGAAAAAACCGCGAGUCCAAGGCCGAUCUGGCGUCCAGAAACCGUGGUACUUCUGGCGAUUAAAGAAAAUCAAAGGAAGAUGAUCGGCCACCACACCACCACUUCCAACGACAUGAUGUCAGAGAUCUGCAUCUUUCUUAGAACUUUGGUCGCAGAAACUUCACCACCGUUUCCUUCGGAGGCCUCUGGCCUGAAUCUACCCUGAAUCUACAGCUGAUUAACAAAACGUCUGAAUCAACCAUCCUGUCUAACUCGAUCGCCGUCAUCCUCAGCUCCCCAGCGUUCAGCUCCAGAUAUAGCUUGUCUGCUCGAGAUUUGGCGUUGAUAAUGUACUAGGAGAACCUACGACGAGUGACAAAAACGAUACGAGGUUCUUGGAGUACCGGCCAUAUACAAGGAGUUGGCUGUGAUGCGGGCUGGAACGAUUCCGGAGAUGACGCAACUACCGCUGAUUGCGAAGAAAAGCCGCUGAACGAGUUAGGAUUUCUUGCGGCUUUGAUCUGGCGGUCAUUUCAGUCGUUGUUCCGAUGUCCCGAGGAUUAAGGUUACGUACAAGUUUGCGGCGACCGGCACCGAUGCCCUUUAGGAUGGACUCGAUGCCGCGGUUGACGAAGGUGCUUCUUGUGGGGAUGGUCGCGAUGACCUGGGACACUUCCAGAUUGUUCCACAGUUGGAGGCGGUUACUUUGGAUUUGCCGAGGGCGGUCAGACGAGUUCGGCUUUCAGGCGAUCGGGACGGAACAGCUGAUGAGGCCGAGCAGAACGUCGAGUGGUGCCCAGUUCGGCUGUUCGCAGAGGGCAACACAAGCCACCUCGUCGUAGGUAGCCCCAGAACGGAACACCACGGCCUCGGAACCGGGGUUCUACUCCUGGCGCAGAUUUUGAUUGUGCCGGAACAGCAAAUUGAAGAAGAGGUCCCACGAGAUAGUCGCUGCGGCACCUGAUCCGGCAGGGAUUCGUGGAGUGUUUGGAGAGCGAGCGGAUCAACGAGGUUCAGCAGCAGGCCGCUGCAACGACUUCCUGUGCCACCACACCCAAGAUCUACCGUUUGUUAACGUCGCAAGUCUGUACGUACCCAACCACGACCGGACUGUUGAAGUGCGUCACGGCCGAGUUGAAGCUCACCUCGAACAAGAGCCAGGUGUCGCAGUUUGGGAACUUGUGCAAGAUUCGGGUGGUUCAGCGCGAGCAACAGCAGCAGCAUCAGCAAACGAUCAAUGAGCUGUCGCACCACCACAACAGUACGACGUUUAACGGGAGCAUGAUAUCGGCGUCGAGGUAGGGGAAGACGCGACGAGCGUCUCCGGAAAGCCCAAGUCAGCGGCAGAAUUGGCAAGUGUGCCUGAGCUUGCCGCGAAGUGCUGGGAGCACAGGUAGAGGAGGCCACAAAGCUAGUCACGAGGGUUUCUGCCUAGUCGGAGUAAUGCAUCCCGGAGGUGUUCAAUCAGGCAGCGAUUCUCUCGCCGUGCCUGCCCUUCAUCGAAGAGAUCAACGCCAACUCGGCGAACCGCGUCACCGCGCAGAAUGACAUGGAACGACGAAUCGCCGCAGCUUGAACGCCCUUUCGCGAAUCGAAGGCGGUGACGAGGAGCUCGUCAUCGGUGCCACCAACCGGCCGAAUGUGCUCCACUUGGCCCUGCGUCGUGCCGGUCGCUUUGCAUAGGAAUUCUGCGACGAACUCGCCGGUUACGUCGGAGCAGAUCCGUUGGCGCUAGUCAAACGCGCGGCCGCGACCGCCAUCAGUUGCUGGUCGAGGCCAUUCGCGAGCGUGAUAUGGAAAUCCUGCAUCGUGAAGCGGAAAUGGAACGACUCAAGCAACUUGCCAAGAAGGUCGUCGUCGAUGACAAAAUCAUGGAGGUGGUUGCGCUGGAUGAUGACGUUGAGGAGGUCGUGAACCUGACAAAGAGGAAGAAAAAUCUGCCAAAGCCGAGAAGACAGCCGCGGAAGAGGAAAAGGCGAUUAAUUAAUUAUAACUUGUAGCAUACUCUGUUGAAUGA